AUGCAAGCUUUACCUGAUGUGAAAGCUCAGUGUGAUGCACUUCCUUCCUCCAGCCUGGAGCCUUACCCUCAGAGCUCCAUUGUGGUUACCCUAGAAGACAUGGACCUCUGGAUGCAGUUUCAUCAAGUAGGAACUGAGAUGAUCAUCACCAAGUCUGGCAGACGAAUGUUUCCGCAGUGCAAAAUCAAAGUCUCUGGCUUGAUCCCUUAUGCUAAGUACCUCAUGCUGGUGGAUUUUGUGCCGAUGGACAACUUCAGGUACAAGUGGAAUAAGGAUCAGUGGGAAGUUGCUGGAAAAGCAGAGCCACAGCUCCCCUGUCGUACGUACAUACAUCCAGAUUCUCCAGCUCCUGGCAGCCACUGGAUGAAAGAACCUGUCUCCUUCCAAAAGCUGAAGCUCACCAACAAUACCCUGGAUCAACACGGACACAUCAUCCUUCACUCCAUGCACCGCUACAAGCCUCGCUUCCACAUCGUUCAGGCAGACGACCUGUUCAGUGCCCGCUGGAGCAUCUUCCAGAUGUUCAGCUUCCCUGAGACUGUCUUCACCUCUGUCACUGCCUACCAGAAUGAGCAGAUCACAAAACUCAAGAUUGACAACAACCCAUUUGCUAAGGGAUUCCGGGAACAUGGGAAGAACACUCGAAGGGAAGGGCGAGCCAAAGGCCAGAAACUUAGUCCAGCCAAAGGCCAGAAGAGGAAGCUGCCAGAAGAAACAGAAUCUGGUGCUGAGGAAUCUGAUUUUGUGAAGGAUGAGAACGUGGAGGUGAAGGAAGAGAGUAAUUCCAUUCCUGUCAGCAGCGGGUACCCCUUCUGGGUCUCCGAGCAGAACGGCAGCCACUCAAUCCCUGCAGCGUCACCAGCACCAGCAGACCAAAGAGAGGCGACUGCCAGAGAGCAGCAAGUGCCAACACCUUCCUCCUACCAGACAUACAGGUUCCACGACAAUGGGGAUACACAGCAGGCGCCCACUCGUGACAUCCUCGCUUUAAAUGAAUUCCGGGCCAGAUCCCACCGAGUGGAUAUAGCCACAGUGCCCGAGCAAGAUUCCAAACAGCUGUCAGAAGGUUUCACCAACCUGCCUACACUCCACCCUCCACUACCUCCUCCACAGGACUAUACUGGGGUGGUCAACAUGGCUGUAGACUCUGCUGGGAAACCAGGGACCCGAGGUCCAAUGUACAAUCCAUAUGGCACCGAGCAAGGCCUAGGCCAAUGGAUGGUACCUUCCCACAGCCAGUACAGGGCAAUGAGCUAUUCUCCCUUCUCCACAGAUUAUAAUACUCAAGGGGCUUCAGGGCAUGCCCAUGGGAGCAUGGCAGACUGGAGCCAGUACCCUUUGUUCCCCUAUGCCUGCUGGUGA